AUCUAUUUAUUUCAAAACAUUGUUGUCUUCAAAGGUUCUGUGACAGUUGCAAGAUAUCUUUUUAUUUCAAAACAUUGUUGUCUUCAAAGGUUCUGUGACAGUUGCAAGAUAUCUAUUUAUUUCACAUUCAGCAUCUUUUUUAACCAAUGUGUUUAAUUAGCAUUUUCACUGUAGUGGUUAGGGUUAAUAUCGACACUUACAUUUUGUAGAAUAUAGUUUCUUUUAAAUUAUUUGAAAAAGUUUUAUGAGCUUGGUCUAUAAUACGUCAUUGAUUGGUCAACAAUGCAGAACGACCUGGAACAGUUCUCCUCAGCCUACCAUCAAAUACAUUCUUAUAUCGCAAUUCUAUUAUGUGUGUUUGGAGUUUUGGGUAACAGUCUCAACAUUUUCAUUUUAACAAGGAAAAAAAUGAUUUCAACGAUGAAUAUUUUACUGACCGCCCUGGCUGUGUUUGAUGGUCUGAAAUCAGCAGUUCAUCUUCCGUAUAUCAUAGUAGUUUAUUAUAUUCAUUCUGUGUCACAUAGUCCGACUGGUAAAGCUCGCUAUAUAAUGUUCUAUGCAAUAGUGGCAAUAGUUUUUCACACUGCAUCUAUUUGGCUGACUGUUUCCUUGGCGAUUUUUAGAUAUAUUGCUGUAAAAUUUCCAUUGAGAGGGGUUACCUUGUGUAGCAAAUACAGAGCGAAACUGACCAUCUUCAUUGUUUGUGUCGCAGCUGUUGGUGUUUGCCUUCCUAACUCUCUGAGUUAUUCGUAUGUCCGUCAUGAUAGCGAUGAUAUUAGCAAUGAGACACGAUGGGGUGUGAAAAUGAUGUUGGAGGCGGGAGAUUACUCUUUCGUCCAACGGCUCAACAUGUGGUUUUUAAGCCUCAUAGUUAGACUUCUUCCCUGUCUCUUGCUUUUGGUGCUUAGUAUUUUAUUAAUCCAAGAACUUCGAGGAGCGGCAAAAAGUAGGCCAAAACUAACAGGUCAAUGUAACUCUGAAAGUGACGACAUCAUCGAGAGACGAACCGAGACCAACAGGACCACUGGAAUGUUGGUGGUCGUGGUGGUGCUCUUUAUAGUGAUAGAGUUGCCUCAUGGGAUUCUUAUUCUACUACUAGCAAUCAGCAGCGAUUUCUGGAACUUCGAUAUCUAUAUAUCUAUAUAUGAAUCAUUAGGAGAUCUAAUUGAUGACAUCACUUUGAUGAACAACGGAAUUAACUUUGUCAUCUACUGCACAAUGAGUAAAAAAUUUCGAGAUACUUUUAUGGAAAUGUUCUGCAGGAAUGCCAUGUCUAAAUACACCCCCACAGGAAUACGUAACAUUUGAACUCUAUAAAGCACCCAGUUUCCAGGAAGAAGAAGAAGAGACAGACACAGAAAGCGAUGGAUAGACAACAUCAAAGAAUGGACAGGCCUGUCAUUGAAUGAAAUUCUAUCCAAGGCAAAGGACAGAGAGAGUAAAAGACUGUUGACAGAUCUUGUGUGGUGCCCCAAUGGUUUAAAAGACUAAGGUAUAGGUGAAGGUGAAAGUACCCAAAUUUCAAAGAGUUUUAAAGUCUAUAAAAAAAGCUAUCGUGUAAGAUUAGCUUAAAGUAUUAAUGAUGUCUUUUUUUACAAUACCUCUAUUCAAGUCACAACGUCAUGGAAAGUGGGGGGUGGAACCUUAAACCUGGACACGGUUCUCAAAAAAUAGCUGUAUCGAUUUUCCUAGAAAAGAAUUACUAGCUUGUUAGCCACACCGAAAAAGAA